GUGAACGAACCAAGUUGAACAAGGCUGUAAAAAUAAAUGCUCUAAAUUAAAAUUAAAAUUUUCUUCAUGCUUGAUCUGCAUAAAGGAAAUUUAAAUUUAAAAUAUGAGAAAUUUCCAAUUUUAAAAUUUGAAAAAUGUUUUUUAACUUAUAUAAAAGUGCAAAGAAUUGUAGCAAAAGAACCAGAUUAAAUGUGGUAUAUAUGUUAUAUGUAACCAACCUAUAUGAAAAAAUAUGAUUUGUUUUGUCUUUUUUUUAUACUUUAACAUUUUCAUCAACGUUUCGCUGAUAAAAAGUGAACGUCAAAAACUACUUCUUGUUUCUCUCGACGGUUUUCGUUGGGAUUUUCAGAAAAAAGGAUACACGCCAAACCUUGAUUGGAUAGUAAAACACGGGGUCACAGUUGAUUAUGUAGUUAACGUAUUUCCGACAAUAACGUAUCCGAACCAUCAAACAAUAGUUACAGGACUCUACCCAGAGCAUCAUGGGAUUAUUGGAAAUGCUAUGUUUAAUAAGAAAACGGGAAAAUCAUUUGACAUGCUUGGCGAAGAAACAUGGAAUCAGUCAACUCCAAUAUGGAUAGAGAAUCAGCUGAAUGGCUUUGAAAGCGGAUUAUGCUAUUGGCCAGGUCAUAACGUAUUGUUCAACGGUAUGAAGGCUAAUUAUACUGCAGAUGAUAAAUAUGCUGAUCCUUAUACUUCUCCCCAAAAAAAUAAAAUUAUGCCUUUGGAAAAGAGAAUCUCUCUUGUUAUUGAUUGGCUCAAAAAACCUAAUGUAACAUUUGUUGGUUUUUAUUACGAGGAACCUGAUGAGACAGUUCAUAGAAUUGGUGUAGACGUUGAAACUAAAAAGGAGCUUGGCAAUAUAAUAUUCAAAACAGACAAAAUGAUUGGUGAAUUGAUAAAGGAAAUUAAUAAGGAAAACAUCAACGUUAAUUUAAUUAUAGUAGGAGAUCAUGGUCAUACCACAUUAUCAUAUAAGAAGGUAAUUUACUUAGACAAAUAUAUCAACCUUGAUGAUGCAUUAAGUAUUAGUGGAACAACUUUUGUUUAUAUAUUUGCUAAGACCGGCUACUUAAAUCAUAUAUACAAUGGUUUGAAAGCUGGUCAAGAUCAUUUUAAAGUCUUUCUUAAAAAAAAUAUACCCGAAGAGUUGCAUUUAAAAAACAGCGAUAGAGCUCCAGAUAUAUUAGUAAUAAGUAGCCCUGGAUGGACUAUUUUGAAAAGUAAAAACUCAAAAGAAUGGUUUCAGGAAACUAACGAUUACUGGAAAAUAGGAGACCAUGGGUACGAGCCGGAAUUUAAAAGUAUGAACACAGUUUUUUAUGCAUUUGGACCCGCUUUUAAGAAAAACUAUAAAAGUCAGUCAAUUCGUAUAAUUGACUUAUAUUCACUUAUGUGCAAAGUUCUGAAAAUUCCGCCAAGAAAAAAUGAUGGCAACGAAACCAUGGUUAUUCAAUUUCUCAACAAAAAUAUUUAAAGUAUUCAUAUAUA